AUGGCAGCCCGGCUUUCUGUCCUGGAGGAUGAGCUGUCCUGCCCGGUGUGCUGUGAUAUCUACAGAGACCCUCUGGUGCUGAGGUGCAGCCACAGCUUCUGCAGAGCCUGUCUGGAAAAGAUCUGGGAGAAGACUGAGCAUGCAAAAUGUCCUGUGUGCAGCAGCGGCUUCUCGAGGGAAGAGCCCGUUUCCAACCUGGUGCUGAAGAACACCUGUGAGUCGCUCCUACAGGAGGGCAGCCGAGGAGCGGCUGCAGGGAAACAGUGCCUUCUGCACGGCGAGAGCCUCAAGCUCUUCUGCCUGAGGGACAAACAGCCCAUCUGCGUGAUCUGCCAAACCUCACAGCUGCACAAAAACCACGACUGCUGCCCCGUAGAGGAGGCCGCUCGGGGCUGCCAGGACGAGCUGAGGGGUGCGCUGACGCCCCUGAGGGCAAACCUUGCGGCCCUGCGGAAACACAGGCAGCACUGUGCUGAAAUGGCCCAGCACAUUCAGAGCCAGGCCCAGCGGGCAGAGAGGAGGGUGAAGGGGGAGUUCGAGAGACUUCACCAGUUUCUGCAGGAUGAGGAGGCAGCCAGGAUCAGUGAACUGAGGGAGGAGGAGGCGGAGAAAAGCCGGGCGAUGAAGGAGAAGAUUGAAUCUGUGGCUAAAGAGAUUUCAUCCCUUUCAGAGACAAUCCGAGUCAUAGAGCAGGACAUGGCAAAAGACACUCUGACAUUCCUUCAGAGCUACAAAGACGCGAUGAGGAGGGCCCAGUGCAUGAUGGGUAAUCCGGAGAGUGUCUCAGGAGCUCUGAUCAACGAGGCAAAGCACCUGGGCUCCCUGAAGUACAGAGUUUGGGAGAAGAUGGGGGACAUCAUUCAGUACACCCCUGUGACCCUGGAACCCAACUCUGCCAACCACAGCCUGGUCCUGUCCGAGGAUCUGACCAGCCUGCAAUACGGUGAAAGACAGAGUCUUCCCGCCAACCCAGAGCGGUUUGACCCAUGCGUGUGUGUGCUGGGGGCUGAGGGCUUCACCUCAGGGAGACACUUCUGGGACAUUGAGGUUGGGGACAACACCUUCUGGGUCCUGGGUGUGGCACAGGAGUCUGUCAAAAGGAGAGAGAAAUUCUGUACGUACCCAGAGAACGGGUUCUGGACAAUACGUCUUCGUGAAGGACAGUACAGGGCACCUAGGACUCUGCUGGCAGUGACCAGGAGGGUCGGGACAGUCAGGGUGCGGCUGGACUGGGAAGGAGGGAUGCUGUCUUUCUGCGACCCCACUGAUGACACUCAUCUGUACACUUUCACACACACCUUCACUGAGAGACUCUUUCCCUUCUUCUGUACUGGCUGCAACUCUGCACCUCUGACUGUCCUACCGGGCCGAGCAGCCGCCCCUCCCAGUGGGACGGUGGGGACGUGGGGCCAGCAGGCCGGGCUCGACUGGGGGCUGCAGGCAUGCCCAGAUUCACGUCCAGAUUCGCGUCCUGCCACUCCAUGGAGGAUAAUGUCAGAGGGUGAUGCUGCACGAUGCGCCCAGCGUCACGGCGACGGGCCCAGCUGCCAAUCACAGGACAGGGAAAGGAGGGGUGCACUGCUGGCUCCGCCCCCGGGUCAGGCCCUGCUGGCUCCGCCCCCGGGUCAGGCCCUGCUGGCUCCGCCCCCGGGUCAGGCCCUGCUGGCUCCGCCCCUGGGCCAGGCCCUGCUGGCUCCGCCCCCGGGCCAGGCCCUGCUGGCUCCGCCCCCGGGCCAGGCCCUGCUGGCUCCGCCCCCGGGUCAGGCCCUGCUGGCUCCGCCCCCGGGUCAGGCCCUGCUGGCUCCGCCCCCGGGUCAGGCCCUUCUGGCUCCAGUGUCACAGGCCUGGAUAACGUCGUCCCGGGAGACGGACACGACUGGGACGAUGUCAGAAAAGGGCAGCCAGCUGGACAGAGCCCAGCUCGGGGAUAGGGUGGGGGUGAGCCAGCAGCCAGGGAGGCGGUCACUGUGGUGUGAGGGGGUGCCCAAAUGUUUGUGGAUAUGGAGCUGGCCUCAGUCGGACCCCAGCGGGGUUGGAGGAGGGGGUAUCGGGGACUGA